UUGAUGUUGUUCUCUUUGGAAAUGAAUAAAUUAUUCUUGCCAAAUGACCUUCAAUUUCUAGUUUAUCCUCGGGUCAAUAGCGGCCGGACAGUUUUGUGGCGAUGGCGGCAGUCACCAGGAAAUUCACCAUGACCCAGAAGUUCCACCGCCGACGGUCCCAUCGCCAGCCCUAUCCGGUGAGAACCAUCACGACCCGGAGUCAGGGCAUGGCCAGUGGCUGCUUCUUCGAGAGGCUGCCUGCAGAGGUCUUUGACAUGGUCCUGGACAGACUCUCUGUGCUUGAGAUCAGUGUGUUCAGCAUGGUGUCCAAGGCCAUCAGUCGCUACAUUGUGAAUCACAUCUCUACUCAGACCUGGAGGAACAGAAUGAUCCUACAGAAGAUCCAGCACUGCUCUUCUCCCUCCUCUCCUCCUCCCAAAGAGGACCCCGCCACCCUGGGACACUACAAAGCGCUGGGGUUGUUGUUCAAGAGGUGUACCCUGUUGCUACCUACAAAGGACAGGUUGAAGUUUAUAUAUAGCAAGUUCUCCCAGGUCCCGUGCUUCAUGAUGGAGCAGUGCACUGCCUCAACAGGCUGCCCUUUCUUCUCCAGCUACGGAGUUUUCUUGCAGGCGUUGAUUGCGGGCUGGGAUGAGCUUGAGUGUCACCGGGUCUUCAACUUCCUGUGCGACUUCACAAACCUUCCCCGGAAGAUCGAGUUGGUCGUCACUGGAAAGCCAGGAGCAUGUCAGCGGUUGGAGCUACAGAUCCGUGGGUUCUGUCGUCAGGUUCUGUUGGAGCCGUGGAGCAGCCGUAGAGACACUCUAUUCUGGCUCACCAGGAUCCUCCAGUCCUGGCCCAUGGUCUCACAGGCCAGGCUACUGUUCAUACUCUACGGACCACGGCUGCCUGACGGUUCUCUGGGCUGGCAGGAGCAGCUGGGUGCAGGAGUAGCCCAGUGUUCUCUGUGGGACUUGGCCAAGGCUGUGAUCCUGCUCCACAGUGACCUGGAGGCUAGAGACUGGACCACUGACACCGUACUGGCCAUACUGGAGGAACUCACAGUGCUCCCCCAGGCGUGGCAUGUAGAGAGCGUGGCCAGGCUGUUGAUCCUGUGUGGGAACAGUCUGUGUUACAGUAUUCUGGCUAGCAAGGCUCUCAACGGACGCCUCUUUGAGAUCUCACGACUCCUCGUCUACCUCAUACUGGUGUGUGAGAAGGACGGCUACUGUAUGAACUGGUCGGUGAGGAUGGUGCAGCAGGUGUGCCAGGUGUUCUUGUCGCCGUCAGACAGGUGGUCGUUCAUCCAGAGUGUUGAGAACAUGUUCUCAGAGGUUACCAUGGAGAUGUACGAGGUUGUCAUGGCAGGUAACCGUCAUGAGGACAUGGAGACCUUCCAGAGCCUCCUGAAUGCCAGUGCUCACUUCCACACUGAGAUAGUCUACAUGUUCCUCAAGAAGGAUUGA